CCUUUCCGGAUAAAUUUUGCAGGGAACGCUCGUGAUUCAUCGAAUGUUUACAUUUGCGCCGGGUAGGGUCUAGGUAUACAGUGCAAACACUGGUAGACAGGAUCGAGUUUGAGUGUGAGGUAGAGCAGUCGAACGUAGAGUGGUCGGACACCUGUAAGAUGGACGGUUUGAAAGCUGCACUCCAAUCUAAAGGCGUAGUUAUCGCUGUACUGACUACUACAACAGUGAUCUCUGCCGGCAUUGCCUACCUCCAGUGGCGGAGGCAUCAUAAAAGGCACUACGUCCCCGUUGGGCAUGUUGCUAAGAUCUACAUGUACCCUGUGAAGUGCUGUCGCGGUCUGGAGGUAGGGGAGGCCGUGGUCACCGAGCAGGGUUUGCGAUGGAAAGGAAUUAUGGAUAGACACCUGGUGAUUCUUUAUAAAGAUCGUUUCUUGGACUCGAGAACGGAAUCCCGCAUUGUCCUGAUCUCACCACAGUGUAGUGGAGACGGACAGGUGAGGCUGGAGGCACCCGGUAUGGACCCACUCAUCUUGUCUGGUCCCACCAAAAACGUGAUUAACGUCAGCAUAUGGGAUAUUAAGGGCGACGCUGUAGACUGCGGCCCGGAGGCUGCCGGCUGGUUGGAGAAGUUUUUCGGGAAGCCGGGCUACAAGCUGGUCAUGUCCGCACCGGGAAGUAAGAAGAGACACACGGUUGACCAUUGGAGGUACAAACGCUUUGCCGGGAAAGAUGACAAGGUGGGGUUCCAAGACCAAACCGCCUUGAUGCUUACGUCAGAGGCGUCUCUGGACAACCUGAACAACAAGCUGACCACUCCUGUAGCCAUGCGCAACUUCCGACCCAACAUUGUGGUGUCUGGGAGUGAGCCAUUUCAAGAGGACGACUGGCUACACAUACGAAUCGGCAAAGUGGAUAUUCGAACAGUUUUACCGUGCAACAGGUGUUUGGUAACCACUAUCAACCCCGAGACCGGUGUGAAGGAUAAGGCGAAGGAACCUCUAAAGACGCUCGAAAGUUACCGUCUUUCCACGAAGGAGAAGUAUAAGGGUCUGUUCGCGCAGACCCCGCUCUUCGGGCUGAAGUGUGGCGUGGACCAGGAGGGAGUGGUGCGUGUGGGAGACACGGUGUACGCGGCGUGCACGUGAUACCACUGGCCCGUACAACGUCGUCCUGCGCUGUUAUAUAAAGGAGAGUGACGUACGUCAAUCAUCGGGGACCAGAGCCGGCGUUAAUAAAAAUAAGGGCGAUCAAUCAAUGACAUAUGCCCAUACUCAGAUUGUUUCUUUGAAUUAAGGAACUGUAAUUUUGAACUAAAUGUGUAUGAUGUAACUAUAUUAAUGAUGCUUGCAUGAAAAAAGGCGUCCAAACAAGGGAGAGAAUAAAAAACGUUAUUAAAACGUCUAAUUACCCGUUGUAACAAAAUACGGUUGUCUCUAAUACCACUGUAGCGGCAAGUUAAUAUUUGGCCAGAGAAAUAAAGAUAUGUUGCUAUCAUUCCACAAC